AUGGCGCCCCCUAUCGCAACUGACCUUGCUAGCUCUGUCAGCGCCCAGGCGCAUGAGCUGCACCGGGCAGCUCGUGCUAACCACUCGAAAGUCAAGAUGACCAUGCUUGAGAAGCCAGUAUUCGACAACAAGACCGAGGAGCGUGAGUAUCUCAAGGGCCGACUGGCUGCUGCUUUCCGCAUUUUCGGCAAAUUCGGGUACGAUGAAGGUGUCGCCGGACACAUCACCCUUCGGGAUCCUGUUGAACCCACUACCUUCUGGGUGAAUCCGUUUGGCACGGCGUUCUCGCUGAUCAGAACUUCGGAUCUCAUUCGCGUGAAUCACAAUGGACAGGUGAUUGAUGGUGGAGAGAACCGUAUGCUGAAUGCUGCAGCUUUCGUUAUUCACUCGGCUAUUCAUGAAGCUCGACCCGAUGUCAUUUGUGCGGCACACACGCACAGUCUUCAUGGAAAGGCAUUUGCCUCGCUGGGGCAACCACUCGAUAUCAUUUCUCAGGAUUCCUGCGCUUUCUACAACGAUCAUGCAGUGCACAAACAGUUCCGAGGUGUCGUGCUGGAAGAGGAUGAAGGUAGCCUGAUCGCAGAGACUCUGGGGAACAGAAAGGCGGCAAUUCUGCAGAACCAUGGUCUUUUGACUGUUGGUGAAUCGAUUGAGGAAGCUGUCUUCUGGUUUGUGAGUCUUGACAGGUCUUGCCAGGCGCAGCUUCUGGCAGACGCGGCGGCUGCGGGCCGUGGUGGUGUCACGAUUAAAAUUGACGAUGCCGACGCUGCUCGCACAUACGACACAGUGGGAACCCCCAAGGCUGGAUGGUUCAGUGCGAAGCCAAUGUUCGAUGUGAUCCACCGGGAGACCAGGGGCGAGUACUUGGAGUAG